AUGGCGGAUGCGAGCUCUGUGAAUCCCCAAAAUGGGUUUUGUUCAAAGACAAAGGUCUUUCACAGCCUCCGGUCUCCGGCACCUCUGCCUCCUCUUUCACAGCCCCUCUCCAUCACCGACUACGCCAUCUCCUUCCUUCGAUCGGAUCCCGCAUUUUCGCCCUCCACAACUGAUUUCCUAAUCGACUCUGCCACCGGCCACCUCGCCUUGAUCUUAUCUCCAACCUCCAUCCACAUUCCUGUCCUCUAUUUCUCUCUUCUAUCCAUUGGCGUCACCGUCUCCCCCGUUAAUCCGCUUUCCACCAAAUCGGAGCUAACCGACCUUGUUGGACUCAGUAACCCUGUAAUCGCCUUCGCCACAUCGUCCGUCGCUUCUAAACUCCCGUCCUCAUUCCCUCUAGGCACAAUCAUCAUCGAUUCUCCUCAGUUCCUUUCCAUGUUACGAAAUCCUCACUCUAAUUUCAGUUCUCAACUAGUAAAGCAGUCCGAUACGGCGGGGAUACUUUACUCAUCCGGCACAACCGGACGAAUCAAGGGGGUCGAGUUAACUCACAGGAAUUUCAUCGCCAUAACAUCCGCCGCACAAAAUAACAGAUUCAUGAAAGACGGGAAUGCCCCUUAUGAACACCCGGUGUCGUUGUUUCCCUUGCCUCUAUUUCACGUUUUCGGAUUCUUUAUGCUGAUCAGGGCGGCAUCGGUUGGCGAGACGCUGGUUCUCAUGGAGAGAUUUGAUUUCGAGAACAUGUUGAAGGCGGUGGAGAAAUAUAAGGUCACGUACAUGCCUGUCUCACCACCGCUUGUGGUGGCAAUGGCGAAAUCCGACCUUGUUCCCAAAUACGACCUCAGCUCACUUCUGUUGAUCGGGUGCGGUGGCGCUCCGCUCGGAAAAGAAGUCGCGAAAAGCUUCUCGGCGAGGUUUCCCAAUGUCGAUGUUGUCCAGGGAUACGGUAUGACCGAGACUGGGGGAGGGGUUACAGGAAUGAACGGUCCAGAUGAGUGUGAACAUCAUGGAUCUGCGGGUCGAUUAUCUCCAAAUGUAGAGGCUAAGAUUGUUGAUCCUGAAACGGGUGAGGCUUUAUCUCCUAUGCAACAAGGUGAAUUGUGGCUACGUGGGCCCAUGGUUAUGAAAGGUUAUGUUAGAAAUAAAGAAGCAAGUGCUGCAACUUUGGAUUCAGAAGGGUGGUUAAAGACGGGUGACCUUUGUUACUUUGAUUCAGAUGGUUUCCUUUAUAUUGUUGAUCGAUUAAAAGAAUUAAUUAAAUAUAAGGCUUAUCAGGUUGCACCAGCUGAAUUGGAGAGAUACCUUCAAGCAAUUCCAGAAGUUGCAGAUGCAGCUGUAAUUCCAUAUCCAGAUGAAGAUGCUGGAGAGAUUCCCAUGGCAUAUAUAGUGAGAAGACCUGGAAGCAAAAUAAAUGAAGCUCAAAUCAUGGAGAUAAUUGCAAAACAGGUGUCGCCAUACAAAAAGAUUAGAAAAGUUGCAUUUAUAAACACAAUUCCAAAAACGCCAGCUGGAAAGAUAUUGAGAAGGGAAUUGGUUAAGCAUGCUCUAUCAAGAGCUUCAUCUAAACUAUGAUAAACCAAUUUUUUUUUUUUUUUUCAUGGAAACACAAAUGGGACAGGUUUAAAUUUUAAUUACAGUUUGUUUAUGAGUGGGGGUAUAUAUAUACCUAAAGGUUAGGUUGCAAUUUACUGCAAGAAGCGAUUUUUUUUAUGGUAAGUUUUUACUAACAUAUUAAGACCUAUAUCAGUUUACUUUUUAAAUUGGGGUUGUAAUCAAACCACAAUGAUCAGGUCGACCACAUUGAUCUUAACGUGGAAUUUAAAAUUUAAAAUACCCAAUAAAGACUUUCUUUAAACUGUACUAGUUAUCAGUUUAUAUAUAUAUAUAUAUAUA